AUGUUUUUGUCAAGAAGAAAUGGAUUACUACGAUGUGCUUGCAGACUGCGACCUUUGCCCGUCGCUGUUGCCAAAAGGUUCGUUACGACAGAAAAAAGUAGUCUGAGUUUACCACCAUUAAAUCAUCAGCUACUAUCACUGAAGCCAACUACACCAAGUGAUGCCCACGUUUCAUGCACAGUGUUCAAUGAAAAGGGUGAUGUUACUGCUGUAUCAGAGAAGUUCCCCAAGAUGGGUUUCUUGAGAGAUCAUUCUCUGUACCCUAGAGAUCUGCGUAAGAUUGAUACGACUGCAAUUGACAUUAUACCUGGAAUCAUCGUUAAGAACAGCUGUAUUGUGUUUAACAUGUUACACAUCAAAGCCCUGAUAGAGAAAGAUAGAGUGUACGUGUUUGACACAGCUAAUCCGCUAGCAGUUGCUAAGCUUGGAGUGCUUAUGUAUGAUUUGGAAGCCAAAUUAUCGUGCAAGAAUGCAGGCUAUAUGAGUACAUUAACGCAAUACUACGAACACAGGGCGUUGGAAAGCAUGUUGAUUAACGUCAUGAGCUCACUGGAGACAGAUUUCAAGCGCCACAGCAAGCUAUGUGGACAGAUCUUAACUGAUCUGGAGGAUGAAGUGAACAGGGAUAAGCUACGUGACCUGCUAAUAAGAUCAAAGGAUCUCACGUUGUUUUACCAAAAAUCACUGUUAAUUCGUGAAGUGCUAGAUGAGCUGCUAGAAAACGACGAUGACUUGGCUGGCAUGUACCUAACCGUCAAGAAAAAGGAGCAGGAUGACGAUUUCGCAGAUCUGGAGAUGCUCUUAGAGACUUACUAUACACAAUGCGAUGAGUAUGUUCAGCAGGCGGAAUCAUUAAUCCAGGACAUUAAGUCAACGGAAGAGAUUGUCAACAUAAUUCUGGACGCGAACAGAAACUCGCUGAUGCUGUUAGAACUGAAAGUUACCAUAUACACAUUAGGAUUCACAGUGGCAACGUUAUUGCCAGCCUUCUAUGGUAUGAAUCUUAAAAACUUUAUCGAAGAGAGCAACUACGGUUUUGGCGGAGCAGUCCUGUUUUCCAUCGUGGCCGCUUUGAUGGUCACUGGUGCUAAUUUCAGAGCAUUGAGAUCCGUUACGAAGCUUACCAUGCUGAACAAUCACGCCGGAGCAGAGUCUGUACGCCACAAACAACUAGCGUCCAAGUAUGCAGAAGAACAUAUCCCAUCCUUCUGGACAAGGUGGGCACAAUGGACAAGCCUUGUGUGGAACGGUAGGGCAGGUGCCAUACAGCGACAGCAGGGAAAGAAGGAUAGAGAUAUCGCAUGGAAAUGGCUUAUUGACGACGAGAAGAAAUAA